GGUCAGGAACACUUCCAAGAGCUCCAGAGAAAAAUCCUCUGCUGAAGCUGUUCCCAGUGUUAGAGUUCUGGGUGUACCUACCCCGGUACCUGCAGUACUCGUGUUGUAAACUCAGGAUGAUCUGUGCUCCCGUUCACCUGCCCCGGGCUGGGGGACUCUGGGUCAAGGCUCUUGUUCUCUAAAGGAGCUGGAAACUCCCUUUCACCAUAAAGCCUCGUGAAGUGUUGAAAGAGUUUGGGUUCUGGGAAAAGAGAUGGGGCAGGAAAUGUGUCAAAAGCUCCCGGAGGCCUUCCCUCAGCUGGCAGUGCCAGUGCCCAGGCUGCAAUGGGACAUGGGCACGUUUGUUCCGAGCAGUUUUUCUGGGCUUCCAUCACUCUGUUCGUUUUCUUUCUCUGGGAAACUUUUCCCUGAAGGAAUUUGUUAAGACUCAAAAAUCCCAGCAAAGCACACACACAAAUCAACUCCUGUGUGUGCUGAGAUGUGAUUUGUGCAGUCCAUAACCCGAGAGGGCAGACUGGGGGUGCCUGCAAUCCCAUUUCCCAGUGGGGUUAAGAAACAUGGUUUUCUUACACUUCCAGUACAUCCUUAAACUGGUGUUCAGAGGCACGAAGCUUACCUCAAGCCAACCUAAGCUGAAGCUGCCUUGCUUUUUUUAGACUAACAGUUCCAGAGAAUGCAGGUGUCUUUCAUGGUUUCCUGUUUUUUGUCAAUUUAAAUAAAAAAGUGAAGUUGCUUAACUUCCACAAUUGUGUAAGCCCACGUCUGAUUGACAUCUGAGCUUUUAGCUGGUGUGACAGAUUGUUCUCACAAAGCAAGUGUUAAACUGGUGUGCUGACCCUUGGGGAGUUUUCCAGCAGCACUUCCAUGGUGGGAGGUAAGAUGGAGCUGCACCAUUUCUUGUUUAUUUUAUUUUUGCACACACAGCCUGUGAGGUUUGCUGUGGGAAUCUGGGAGCUUGCUCGGUUUGACUCCUCUGGAAUGUGGCAACAAUGGGAUGCAGUAGGAAAAGUGGCAGCAGCAGGGAACAGGGUGUUUAUGUUCACGUUGUAAUAUUUUCAGGUUGUUCACAAUCCACAGUUUGCAAAGCAUGUGCUGAGAAAUGCCAGUGCAGGGAUUUUGUUGUGGAAUAUCUUUUACAAUCCCUAUCUCUAAGAUUCCAUACACAAACUGGAGAAGAAAGUUACUGUUCCUGUUCUCGUGGGAAAAGUGAGUUUAACUUCAAAACAUCAAGGGAGGAGCUUUCCAAAGCUGCUUCUGAUUAUGAAAAUGUUCAUAGGGUUUUAGCUGCUGCAAAAAUAAUCCUGGAGGUGCUUUUCAGUUCUUGAAUCGCCUCCAUUUUCUGGGUGGAGAAGGCGCUGUGCCCAUCAGGGAGCAGUGAACUCGAGUGUUCAGGAACAAGAAACUGGGAAGGGGUUGGUGCUGAGGAACUGCCAGGUUUGAGUGGCUUUGUGCCACUUUUACAAGAUUUCCAAGAAACGGCUUCUCUUCCUGUCAGUUAAUGCUCUGAGAGAAUGGGAGGCUUUUCCUCAAAACCAGCUCCAGUUGCACCAGAGCCCAUUUGCCCUACUACCACUGUCCCGACCACUGUCCACACCCCUACCGAUGGUUUCAGAGCUGCAGAAGACAGAUGCUGGAUGAAUAACCAUGAAAUACUGUACAUGUCACUGGCCUUCAUCUCUGGCAUCCUCCUGACUGUCCUGGUUUUUGCAAUCAUCUUCCUCUUCAGGAAAAAUGCUAGAAGAUCCCACAAAAAUUUACAAGAGGAAACUUUCUCCCAGAUGGCAGCUGGGGAAUCUCUUAGGAACACCCAGAAUGAAGUGACCUACAGCACUCUGGUCUUCCAGCGGGGCAGGACACCUCUGCCUGUGUGAUGAGGAAGUUCCAAAUGAAAUCACAACGAUCCCACCUUCUGGACACCAAAAGCCAUGAGGGUGUGACACCAAGGGAGUGCUCUGGGAAUGCCCCGUGCCCUCUGUAGCACAGCUCUUUUUGUAGCUAUGGCAGGAAAUUGUCUACUGUUCAAACUGGCUGCCAACAGCUGUGGGCAAAUGGAGAGUUUCUGUACAGGAUUUCCUCAUCUGUAGAAAUCUCCCUGCCCUUGUAAAGUUUCCGUUUGUGAGACCUACCAGGGAGAAGCGAGAAAUGAAAAUGUUUCUCUGCAUCUA